AAAAUAAUAAAUUCAAAUGUAAUUAAUGAGUGCAAACAAAAGCUCUAUUAGAACACACAGAGUUCUGUGACCUCACGGUUUGUCAGUGUUCUGCCCUGCAGACUGAUCCAGAUGAUUCAGUUCAGACCUGCUUCUCCACAGUGAAUGCUACAGAGAGAUUACCUGCACUAAACUACAAACAUUUAUCCACAACAGGAAAACAACUACUCCAACUGAGUAAAACGAAAGAAAGAAAACCAAACACAAAAUACGGAAAACCAGGUCACCAGAGACCGAUUUCUGAUUCAAGUAACAUGGACAAAGAAGCAGAGAUCAUGGAUAAAAUCUCCAGCUCUCCUGUGUUCUCUUUGAACUCAGAGACUGCUGAGAUUACCAACAUCCCUGUAUCAGGAACCAACCAUCAAACUGCUGAGGAUCUUGAUGAUCUGAUGCAUUGUGAUGAUGUUUCAGACAAAGAAGAGCUCACUUGCCCUUGCACCCAUCCCAUCAUCAGCGAGGACCGCAUAUCAACAUGUACCUCUGUUUGGUCUUCCAUGGACGAGGACAGCAUCUCGACAAAUUCCUCUUCUUGGUUUUACAUCAAUGAGAACGGCGGGAUGACUGACUCUAGUUGUUGUUCCUCCCCUGACCCAGAUGUCUCAGAAAUGAUCACAUCAUUUGAUCAGAAUAUUGAUGAGGAGAUUAAAAACGUAUGUCAAAGGUUCUUGUAUCCAGAGAACAUGGAGACAGAGACAGAUGACUUUGAAGAAAACUGGACCACCGAGGAAGAAUCAACUUCAAGACUUUCAGUCAGGUCAGACGAGAGUGGGAGUUCUUCCCGUGCCAUCAUUGAGGCAAGCAAAAUGCUUGUCUCCCAAAUAAUUAAUGAGGCUGGCAAGAUACUGCAGUCCACUGAAACUGUCGAGACACUUCAGCAGUCCACUGAGGCUAUCAAGACGCAGCAGUGCACUGAGGCCGACAGGAUUCUGCAGUCCACUGAGGACGCCAAGACACUGCAGACCACUGAAGCUGGUCAGUUGCUUCAGCAGUCCACUGAGGACGCCAAGACACUGCAGACCACUGAAGCUGGCAAGUUGCUUCAGCAGUCCAUUGAGGACGCCAAGACACUGCAGACCACUGAAGCUGGCAAGUUGCUUCAGCAGUCCACUGAGGACGCCAAGACACUGCAGACCACUGAUGCUGGCAAGUUGCUUCAGCAGUCCACUGAGGACGCCAAGAUACUGCAGACCACUGAAGCUGGCAAGUUGCUUCAGCAGUCCACUGAGGACGCCAAGAUACUGCAGACCACUGAAGCUGGCAAGUUGCUUCAGCAGUCCACUGAGGACGCCAAGAUACUGAAGAUCACUGAAGCUGGUCAGUUGCUUCAGCAGUCCAUUGAGGACGCCAAGACACUGCAGACCACUGAAGCUGGCAAGUUGCUUCAGCAGUCCACUGAGGACGCCAAGAUACUGCAGACCACUGAAGCUGGCAAGUUGCUUCAGCAGUCCACUGAGGACGCCAAGAUACUGCAGACCACUGAAGCUGGCAAGUUGCUUCAGCAGUCCACCGAGGACGCCAAGAUACUGAAGAUCACUGAAGCUGGUCAGUUGCUUCAGCAGUCCACUGAGGACGCCAAGACACUGCAGACCACUGAAGCUGGCAAGUUGCUUCAGCAGUCCACCGAGGACGCCAAGAUACUGAAGAUCACUGAAGCUGGUCAGUUGCUUCAGCAGUCCACUGAGGACGCCAAGACACUGCAGACCACUGAAGCUGGUCAGUUGCUUCAGCAGUCCACUGAGGCUGUAAAGACGCAAUUUUUUCUAAAUUCCUCCACCAUCGCUGUCUAUCUAAGGAGAUUUUUCCAGAGUCUCACUGCAGAGCAAUGGAGGGAAGUAAGCGAAGGCGUCUAUAAUAUACAUGUGAAGGAGCAGCUGACUGACAUGUGCACAGAUGUGCUGAGGUUCAUCUCAGAGUCAGUUACUAAGCAAGUCUUACAAGCCAUUCAUCAGGAUCAAAGUUCAAAUAACGACACCAUGACCUUGAGGAGUCCCUUGUCUUCAGCACCUCUCAUUGACAGCUUAGGUAUCACUGAGUACAACAUGCAGAGAAGUUUGGAAAGUUCCUUCAGCCAGGCUCUCUGUGAUGUCUUUGGGACUGACACCACUGGAAGGAUUUCACCCAAAUUCACAGAGGCCAUAGCAGGAGAGGUCAUUAAUGAGAUCAACUCUGUCCUAUCAGUUGCCAUACAAGUCUCUCUGGAUAGAAGUUGCCACAGUGUCACUGCUGCUGCCUGCGACCAGGUGACAAAUGACAGAGCAGCCAAGAAAACUUUGGAGGGAGCUAUCUCAACCAUGAAAUCCUUCCUCACAGGACAAGGCACAGCAAUGAGGAGGAGGAUUCAGACAGACAAAGUUUCUGAUUUUGACAGUAAAGAGGUGACACCUGCAAGUGGAUGUAAAGGCAAGAGGAAGAAGUCGCAGUGGAAGAGGUGUUUCAGUGGAUGGCAAAGGAAAAAGAUUCAGGCAGUUCCACUUGAUCAGGAAGAGAUGAGCAGUUCUUUUCCUCAUCAGUCUAUCAACUCUGGUGAUGAGGAUGAAGAAAUCUUCCGCCAGAGCUCUGUGGACUCGUCUCAGCCUUUCAUGGAGACGGAGGCAAAGAAGAGCAACAGUUUCUUAGGCUUCUUCCACAAUCUCUUCUCAAAGAAUGAGAAGAAGGCGAAGAAGGAGGAGAAAAAGACAGAGCGGUCUCCUUUUUGGAAGCGGCUGUUGUGCAGAAGUGCAGAUGAUGACUUGACGUGUGGAGAUCGGGACCAGUUUCAGCAACUGGCCUUACAAUAACUUUUUUUUUUAUUUCUCUUUCACCUCCUCGCCUUAACCUCUAAAUGGCUUUAAAUUUAACUGGGUUACAUGAGGUCUACACCCUGUUACUCUUAAUCCACCAACACUGCCAUCAGUGAGGCUGGCAAAUUGCUCAUCUCCCAUGUUAAUAAUACUGCAGUACACUAAGGCCACUAAGGCUGUAAAGAUACUGCAGUCAAGGAUGAGGAUGUAAAGGAGGAGAAGAACAUUCCUCUUUCUCAGAAACCCCUCAACCCCCCACCCCCAACCCUGUACCCCACUUC